AUGUCGUCCCUGGAUGCCACUCCCUCACAGGAGUUACAGCCGCUGCCCCUCCCGGAAGGCGUCUGCAGCCGAUUCAUCGAGACGCGCGAUCUCACGUUCCACAUUCUCGAGGCUGGCGCCACUCCCGCCCACGAUCGGCCGUUGGUUGUGCUUCUGCACGGGUUUCCUGAGAUCGCCUAUUCAUGGCGUCGAGUCCUGCCCCAGCUCGCAGCCGCGGGCUUUCACGCGGUUGCCCCAGAUCAGCGCGGAUUCGGCCGGACGACGGGCUGGGAUACGCGAGCCUACGAGAAUGUGGAUUUGACGAGCUUUUCCAUGACCGAGCUGGUGCGCGAUAUCGUGGUUCUAGUGCAUGCUUUGGGUUAUCGCUCGGUGCAGUGCGUCGCUGGUCAUGACUGUGGUGCUAUGACGGCCGCGACGUGUGCCUUGAUACGGCCGGAUUUCUUCCGGAGCGUGGUUCUCAUGAGCCACCCUUUCAAUGGUAGCCCGACCCUGCCUUUCAAUACUGCAAAUGGAGGCACCGUGGAAGAACAGCGUGCGGCUGCUGCGAGAGGUGGAGGUGGCGGUAUGGAGGGAUCCGCAGCUGCUUCGGGGAUCCAUGAAGCUCUGGCGCAACAUGGCCGCAAACACUAUAAAUGGUAUUACUCGACACCACAGGCGAGUCCUGACAUGUCAUCUUUAUCUCGUGAUCAAAUGCAUCGCUUCCUACGUGGAUAUUUCCAUCUCAAGAGCGGAUCCUGGCCGGGGAACCAGCCGCAUCCACUAAAGAGCUGGACUGCUGAUGAAAUUGUUCAGAUGCCGGGCUACUAUAUCAUGCCAUUGGAAGCUACCAUGCCAGAGACCGUGGAGAGGGACAUGAAGGAGGAGCCAACACAGGGACAGAGUUCCCACUUGUGGCUCCCGGACGACGAACUUGCAGUUUACGCCGGGGAGUAUGUUCGGACUGGCUUCCAAGGAGGGCUGAACUGGUAUCGCGUGCGCACUGCUCCGGGAGGUCGGUAUACUCGAGACUAUGAUACCUUUGCUGGGAAGAAGAUUGAAUGUCCAUGCGCAUUCGUCUCUGGCAAGCAGGAUUGGGGUAUUUAUCAAGAACCCGGGGCACUCGACAAGAUGACCAGCGGUGCGGUUUGUUCUGAUUUCCGUAUUCUCCGUCUGCUUGAUGGAAUUGGACAUUGGGUGCCUCAGGAAAGUCCAAAUGAAGUGGUACAAACCAUUCUCGAGUUGGUACGGGGACUGGAGGGGUAG